AUGGGACGUCGUCCUAAGUCAUCGCAAGAGCAACAAGCAGCGCGUCAACAAAGCAAACAAGUGCAUUACUUGAGACACAUCGGCUAUGAACACAUCAAGGCACGACACAGGUGGAGGCAAGGCCAGGGAGCCCACCAGGGCAUGGCACUAGAUGCUUUUGAAACCCUCAAUGAUAUAUCAAGCAGGAUGUACACCAGUGGCAGUCGCAAUCACAAUGGCUGUCAAGACCGUGUGUGUGCUGUUCUUCACAAUAUAGAUGUGCAAGGGUGGAACUUAGUGAGACCCCAGUUUUUGGAAGAACUAACAUGGGCUCGCACUUUGCUGAAGGAUGCAGAGGAGCUGUCGACAUUGGUUGCAAAAUUUGAGGCUGAGGAAGAAAUUUUAUCUCUUGCAGACAAAGACCCGGAAGUUCUUGAUGACGCACUAUUCAAUUACAGGCUAGUUUGGCAGCGUGUUUAA